UUGACAGCUGACACUCAGACAUUUUUGUCUGUGGCGGUGGUCGUUUUGCCAUCUUUGCUGAAUUAUCCUGAACAAUUGCAUCGGGACGCAACUUAUAUCCUAAAUGGCGCUAAACCCGCAGUACGAUGCUAUCGGCAAAGGUUUUGUACAGCAAUAUUAUACACUCUUUGAUGAUCCGGCACAGAGGGCGAAUUUAGCAAAUAUGUACAAUGUUGAAUCGUCAUUUAUGACAUUCGAAGGCGUUCAAAUUCAAGGUGCUCCCAAAAUUAUGGAAAAAUUAAAUAGUCUUACAUUUCAAAAAAUUGGUAGACUAAUAACAUCAGUUGAUUCACAACCAAUGUUUGAUGGUGGAGUUUUAAUAAAUGUCCUCGGGAGAUUACAGACUGACGAGGACCAGCCACAUGCGUACUUCCAGACAUUUGUCCUGAAGCCAAUAGGGAACUCUUUCUAUGUCGAACACGAUAUGUUCAGACUUGCCCUACAUGACAUAUAAGUAUAUCUACAGGAGGCGAAUGCGACGAUGAUCCUCCACACCCGUACAUGCAGACAUUCGUAUUGAAACCGCUCGGGGACUCGUUUUUCGUUCAACAUGACAUCUUCCGUCUCGGCAUUCACGACACAGUGUAAAGAGACUGCCCACGCAUUCGUUUUGGUUAUCUAGGUGUAAGCUCACGAACAAUGCCUUGAGAAACGUCGCGCAUACAGCUAAAUUAAAGCUUAAGUAAUGAAAGUGAACCUUCUUCAGUUAUGUAUACAUUUUAUAAUAAAUGCAUUAUAAUUUUUUACUA